AUGCCGCCGCUGCCCGACGACGGCGCGCAGUGGCGCCGCCUGCUCACCCUGGCUUCCGUGGAGCUGGUGGCCAUGGUGGGGCUUACCUUCGUGGGCUCCGUUCCUUUCCGCCCCCUGAUCUUGCACCGUUGUCUCGUCUUCGCCCUGACCAGCGUUCUGCUUCUCUCCGGUCUCGUCCACGCGACCCUCAUCUUGCUCUGGUUCUGA